AUGAACGUGGCAACUUCAUCGGAGGAGACCACGAAGAAAAGCUCCCGGAGACUGAAAGAUCGUCUGACCCUGAAACACUGGACAUCAAGCUCUGGAGGAAAGACCCACGAGCCAGCAGAAGGUGCGCGAGACGCCAAAGCCACGAGUCCACGGGAUGCUGCCAGGGAUGGUGACAUGCCACCCGAGACCGAUUCAACCGCCUGCAACCCCACCGCCGUGACUGGAAAGAGCGAGCUACGGGAUGCCGACGCCACAGGUCAACAAGACGCCCCUGACGACAAGCCCGCUCGGGUCAAAGGCGAGGAAAAUGCCUCCGGGCCCGCCCAUGCACCCGACGCGAGCGAGCCGUGUGGCUUCGACGCCGCAAAUGAACCAGAGAAGACUGGAGAUAGCGAGGCGCUCGCCGAGUCUGAUUCAAGCACUUCCGAUUCCGGCUCCAAAACCAAGGAGGAUGAGCCACAAGAUGACAUUGUGACGACAAUUGGCCAUCAUUGGACGGAAUGGGUCGAGUUUCGGCGUGCAUUUCACCUCCGCCACAGGUUUGUCGUCCAUCUACUUGUUGGUGACCCGGUUCCGGAGCAGACAGCCAAGGUCGGGAGCAAGACAAUUUCGUUGGACUACGAACAGCCCGAGACCCCGCUCUGGGACAACUCCUCUGAGAUUAAGCGUCCCUCGCCACGUCCAUCCUUCCAGCAGCAACUUCCAGCGAGGGUGCGGAUAAGUUCUCCAUUCUUCAUGAAGGUUUGCGGAUACUCCAACCGCCCCAGUCAUCGCCUCCUCUACCGGCCAUACCUCGCCCUGAUCUGGAGAUCUUCUCGCAUCUUGAACCGGAUCAACCACUUGAAGAGCCAAGACAGGCUUUCUGGGCAGGCUCACACUGAGGCGACCCUCAUGGAGGAACUCAAGGAGCUCCAGUGCAUCUACGACCUCAUCGAGAAAGUAAUCCUGGAAAGAAGAGCGUACCUGCGCGAUGAAUCUGCAGGAUCAAUGCCGAUAGCCUACAGCGACUUACCGUACCUCUUCGAGCCGGGCGACUUUGUCGUCAGCAAAGACGAGAAGCAAGCAUAUCGUGUGCUCUGGGUCAAAACCACCAGCCCUCAUCACAAUAUCUCAGAAGAAGCGGACGAUGCAGAUACUUUAUGGCAGGCCAGCAUUUCUUACCUCAUCACCCUGGUCCACAUCGGGACCGACGGCGUUAUCGUCGGGCCAGUGACAUCAGAAUUCUCACCUCGCUUUUUCGAGGGCCUGGUCGACGUCACCACCCUAGAUUACUACCCACUUCGGGCCGCCAAAACUCAUGGGCUCCGUCAGGAACUCCUGAGAGUUGGCAGGCUCUUUCUCGACCUGCUAGAUGUGAAGCACAUGCACUUCACAGGUCUCACUGUCGAUGAACAGCACGAGAGUGACUGCCAAGUCGUCAUAGACGGUGAGGCGGCGUUCUCUAGUCAAGGAGCUCACCAGGAGUCACGGCCUCGCUUAAAAAGCCCUCCAGGACACAGCCUGGUGAAACUAGACUCCCUACGAGCGUGCAAUAUGUUCUGUUGCAGGUGGGAACUCAGUUGGAACGACCGUCAUACCGAAUCGUGCCGUAACCAGGAGUUUAGGGAUUCUCUCGUCUCCAAAUCAUCCCCGGAAUCACUUGGACUCACCGUCAAAUGCCACCCAUUCCGCGAGAUACUCGAAAACAAGGGCAAAGUCUGCGAAGAAGAGCUGAUCAUAAUGUCCGACAAAGUGUUUGGAUUUCUCCUUGAGAGCCGGAGAUGGGCCACCCUCUCAGUACGGGAUCUCUCAGAGGCGUACAUCCAAGAGCAGCAGAUUCCAACCGCCCCAAACGCCGACAGUCCAAUCCCGCUUGGUAAAUCUUUCGAUCAGCUGGUGCUCCCGGAAGGGCACAAGGAGCUCGUGAAGUCUCUGAUUUCGCAACACUUCCGUGACAAAAGGGCAGAUCGCAAGCAUGAGCAGACAGAUAUUGUACGAGGCAAAGGCAAGGGUCUUGUGAUGCUACUGCAUGGGGCACCAGGGGUGGGAAAAACCACCACUGCAGAGGUGGUGGCGGAGUACUUUAAAAAGCCACUCUUUCACAUCACAUGCGGUGACCUUGGGACCUCGCCAAAGGACGUGGAAGAAGCCUUGGUGCAGAACUUCAAGCUCGCCAACAAGUGGGGAUGCAUCCUGUUGUUGGAUGAGGCCGAGGUCUUCCUCGCUACGAGGACACCCAACGAUCACAUCAGAAAUGGACUCGUUGCAGUGUUCCUACGCACCCUCGAGUAUUACGCCGGCGUCCUGUUUAUCACCAGCAACCGCGUCGGGGAUUUUGACGAAGCUGUCAUAUCCCGCAUCCACAUGAGCCUCUUCUAUCCGCCACUCACACUGUAUUCCUCGCUACAAGUGCUCGAGCUAAAUCUGAAACGGGCGCGAAACCGAUUCACAAGGCAGAAAAGGAGGCUAGUUGUCGAGCAUGACCAGGUGAAGGACUUUAUCGCCGAGUACUGGAUCAACAACCCCGGGGCGCGCUGGAACGGCCGCCAGAUUCGCAACGCGUGCCAGACCGCCAUCGCGCUGGCCGAGUACGAGGCGCGGGGCGUCGGCGGCAGCGGCCACGACGUCGCCGACGUCGACGCCGAGGAUGAGGCCCUGGACGUUGUGAACCUGAGCGUCAGGCACUUUGAGAAGGUCGCAAAAGAGUACUACGGAUUCAUGGAAUACUACAGAAACGUGUACGGCGUCGACCUGGACACCCGCGCCAGCGAGCUCGGCAUCAGGGCCAGGGUCGGGUCGCUGGUCGACGGCGGCGGCGUUAGGGCCCGCCACCCUGGAACGACCACGGCUCCGCCGGUGCCUCAGGGAGCCCCCACCUGGGCGCUCUGGACUGCAGGAGCGGCUGCUACCGCGCGUAUCCCUGGCGCGCAGGGGGGCGGCUCCUCAACGAUGUCGGCGGCUGGCCAGCAGCAGCAGCAGCAGCAACAACAACAGCAGCAGCGGCCCCAGGCACACGACGGGAGCAACCUCGGCCCGGCGGCGCCGCAGCAGGCCUACGGGAACCAGGCGCGGUUCGGCGGGUCGCAGGCCGGCACGAGCCCGAAUGCAAGCACAUUUGGCACGGGUGUCCGCGACGAUGGCAUGGCGCCGGCGACCCAGGAGCAGCAUCCGGUCUUUGCGGCGCCAGCGUCGCCAGGGGCCAUAAUGCCGCUGCAAGCUGCGACUCCUUCGCCGAUAUUUUACCAAUACCCGCAGCACCAGCCGCCCCAGCAGUACCUGCAGCCCCAGCAGUACCUGCAGCCCCAGCAGUACCUGCAGCCCCAGACGCUCCAGCAGCACCAGCAGCACCAGCCACCCCAGCAGCCUCAUCAGUACCAACACUACCAAGCGGCCUCGGGAGCACCGCCAGGGGCCUCAAUGCCCAUCGGCGGCCACCCGUCGCCUGGACCAUCACCCGAAGCGGGUGCAGCUGGGGCAGCUGGCAUGCAGGGGAUGAUGCCCGGAUCCGGGUCGCUGGGAUACUCCACGGAGAGGAUGGGAACGCAGGGAGGGGCAGCAGGGUUUGGAGGAGGCACCUAUGUCGGGACCGCAGGGUUUUACCAGCCAGGCACGUUCGGUCCAGAUCCUCGUACCGCCUGGAACGCCAGCGCCAGUGCCCAGAUGCGAUAAACAAAGGUUGCCCUCUCAAGCCGGUUUAAUUCAGCAGGCACACUGGAU